AUGUCGCAAUUCCGGGCAAAGAAACUAGAUCUCAGCUGCUUCAUCAACGUGAGAGUGCUGCGAGAUCACACAAAGCGAAAAGUGUUCGAGCAGUACGAGACAGAAAGACAAGCCCUCCGCUACAUCAUCAGAAACACUACGCUCCCAGGACGAGCGCGCGCCCAAGCGCAACUACAACUGUCGCAGAUGCACUGCUACACUAGGUCUACGCAGAUCAAUAACAGAUGUAUAGAGGGAGGGAAAUCGAGGGGCGUGUUCAAGGAUUUCAGGAUGGCAAGGUAUCCGUUUAGAAUGAAUGCCCUCGAGGGGAAUAUACCCGGUGUCAAAAAGGCUAGUUGGUGA